AUGAUAUUGAUCGUGCGGGAACUACAAAAGGUGUGCGUGCCUACUAUCACGUCGGCCAUUGUCAGCCAAACACUUUCUAUGACUGUCAAGUCCAAGCUACACCUCGGACGUUUCCUGAAGCCAUCCACCCUACUCGUGAAACCAUUCCAGCUUCGAGCAGACGAAACCUCCGUCUGCGAAGUCAAGCAGCUACAGGAAACUUUUGGUAUUGCAGUGAAUGCCGUAACCUCAACAAUACAAAGCUGUCUUCAGGAAGAUGCACUAUUUGUGGACACCCGAAGUGUCAGUAUUGUUCUGAUGCUUAAUCGUGUCGCGGCCGACGGAGGGGCGAUGGCAAGGCUUUGA